UAGAGCUGAGUCUAUGAAUUUUGUUUGGGGUUUCUUGAGGUAUGGGUAUUUUUUCCAAAAGCCAUGGAGAAUCUGACUUUUAAAAUGUAAAACUGCAUGACUCUUACCUGGAGGGUCUAGGUGAACCCAGUGAGCCUGAGGGGAUAGCAGUUGGAUAAGAACUAGACAGAACUGGAGGGACAUUACUCAGAGUGAUCUGAGUCAUGACAGUUUAGGAGAGAAAUCAAGGUGACAAGCAAUAGAGAUGAGGUUAAGAUGAAUAUGGGAAAAAGAGCAGUGAACUUGGUAACCAGAAAGGCUCAAUAAGGGCAGGUUGGGAAUGAGUAAGGAAUGGGUCUCUCAGGAGACAGCCUGUGUACAAGACAGCUUUUAGAAAAGCAUAGUCCUCAGGAUUUAUGGUAGGAAUGGGUCCAGUGACAUAAAAGAACUACACCAGACAACAGCAACAAAACGUUGUAAAGGAAAUAUUUUGGGAGAAUGGUGUGUGAGUGCUAGUGAUGGUUGUUGCAGUCAGUGCAGACAUAGAGCUGUUGACUGAAACCACUUAGUCUCAAGAAGGAAUUGGGGCUUCUAUGUGUCAGAAUUUCCUUGAUACAGUGAUGGAGAAGAUCAAUGAUAGAUGAAGUCAUCUCAUUGUGGUAGUGUUAUCCUCGGUGCCCUGAUUAGUGUGGCACAGGAAUGAGAGAGUAGAAUUUCAUUGUCACAGAAUAACUCUCUUCAAAGUAAACUACAAGUUGAUUAAUAACUGGUUCAUUUGUUUAAAUUUAUACUGUAUUUGGUUUUAAUGAUCAGAUUUGGCGUAAAAAUAAAUCACAUUGGGCAUCACAGAAUUUGGGAUGCAUUUGUCCUAUGAAGAAUGUCCUAUGUAGCCUAUUUGUCAUUGGCUUUUGGUUUCUUCAAAUCAAGGACCAAAAGCCAAUGACAGAGGAGUUAAGGAGAAAAGGGGGAGUGAGAAACUCCAUGGAAAAGAAAGGAGAGGCAGAAAAAGAGAAAAUAGAAAAGGAUGAAUGAAAAAAUCAGAAGGGAGACAAGGCAGUUGAAAAGGAUUAAGGUUGAAGAAAGAAAACCAGAGUAUAUAUUAAACCAUAUAGGAGGAAGUUCUGUCUACACGGUCAAUGACCAUUUCAGCCAUUAAACCAGGCAAAGAAAAUCAGUUAAAACAGUUAUGUGUAUAGACAUAGCUUGAGCAUUAAGAAAUGCAAGUUUCCCUAGGGACACUUAAGCUUCUUCUGGAUUGGGGGUGGGCAUGAUGUUUGUAGCCAAUCAGAAUGAAAGUAAGUUGGGAAGCAACCAAUAGGAAUUAGGCAUGGAAAUAGCUUUCAGUGUGAUAUCAGUUGGCAGUACUGUCCCUGGCAAACAGAUGCAGAGCUGAGCAUUUUAUGUGAUUUUCAGUGCCUUCACCUUGGUUUCAACUCUGAAACUGCUUAGCCUUGGCUGAAGGUUAGUUUGUACUAGUGAAAGUGUCAACAGUAAAUCUCAUCCAGGUUCAUCAACUGGGACUGAUAAAACAAUGUCAAAAGCUAAUGUGUCCUUCUGGGUACAAAAAGAAGGUAACAGACCUGAUUUACUCUGUGGAAGGGCCGCUGACUACCCUGUUGUAAAGGGACAUUUCCUGAUUCUUGUAUGGUCCACGCUUGUUUUGGGAGGACUUCUGAGGGCAUUUUUAAAGAAUUCUGAAGUCAUUGUCUUGACAAUUCUUUCUCUAUUUGGAUUUUUAAUAGGACAACUGGCCUACGAUUUUGUUCAGAUGCACCAAAUUGUCUACCCUCUUCUAAGAACAUCAAGUUUUUCACUUUAUUGUUAUUUUUCACCUUUAAUUAUAUUUAUGGCUGCUUUGGAUGUAGACUUCUAUAUACUCAAGAAUGUGUUUUGGCAGGUCUUCUUAACUGGAUUAAUUAGCUUUGCUACAACAUUCAUCAUAAUUGGAUAUGUGGUUCUGAAAUUCAAUAAACAUUCAUGGGAUUUGGAGUCUUGCAUCCUCUUUAGCAUGGCCCUUGGCAUUACAGAUCCUAUUUAUUCUGUGAAUUCACUGAAAACUAUUGGCAUUUCUAAGAUGUAUACUGAUAUCAUUAGAGGAGAAUCAAUGAUCAUCUGUGGCUUCACAUCCAUUUGUUUUUCAGUUUUUCAGAGAGGCAUACUUCAGAUGUCCAGCUUUAGAGAGUUGCAUGUAAUUGUGGGCCUCACCUUGGACAUUUUGGGGAGCAUAGUAUGUGGAUAUUGGUGUGCAAGGCUCAUUCAGUUUAUAUUGACUGACCUGUUCAGCAAUACACUGACCAAUAUAAUUUUUUGCAUCUCAAUGGUGUACAUGACUUUCUACAUUGUGGAAUUUUUGGGAAUGUCAGGAACAGUUGCUUUAGCGACUGUAGGACUAAAUUUAGAUUCCUUAAGCUUUAAACCAAGGAUCAAGUUGAUAAUUACUAAGUUUCUAAUAAUGUUUUCAUGUAUAUUCCAACAUUUAAUAUACACUUUCUUUGGCAUCGUAAUUGGAUGUGGAAAAAUCAAAUAUUUUCAAUUUCACACUGUAGUUUUCAUGUCUAUCUUAUUUGUAACAGUGAAUUUUGUAAGGUUUGUUACUGUUGUGUUAGUAAGCCCUAUUCUGAUGCAUUCAAGUUAUGAGUACAACUGGAGGUGGGGAAUUGUUAUAGCAUGGUCUGGAAUUAAAGGAGUUUUUAGCUUACUCUUUGCUCCUGAAGUUCAUAAUAUGGCUGAACAAAGAGUAGAGUCACCAGAGCUGUUUAUAUUGUACAUACAAGUAAUAUCCUUAAUGACCUUGGGAAUAAAUUCAUACAUGAUGACUCGUUUGGCCAGGACAUUAGAUUUGUGUACCCUUUCCAUUCCAAGACAGAUGGCCAUGCAAAAUGCCAUUAAGCACAUCCAGGAGAUGAUACAGAGCAGAAUAACUUUAUUUAAAACAGAAAAACUUUUGACAAAUGUUAAUUGGACCUUAGUAGAAGAAAAAACAAAGAUUGAAUACAUCAUUCCUACUCCUAACGUUUCAAGUGACAAUAAGGCGAAGGAGGAGCUCCCAACAGAUGAAGUUUUACUAGAAGAAGCCCGAUUGCAUGUAGUUAUAAUACAAAUAAGUAGCUUUGAAAAGCAGUGUAAUGAUGGAGUCCUCAGUGUCGAAGCAGCCCGGACGUUAAUUGGUGCAACCAAAAGCUAUUGCCACAUUCAAGGAAAAUUCAUGAGUAUUUAUGAUGUUUCAACUUAUGUAAGAGCUAGAAGUUGGCUUGUGAAGUUUAAACACACAUUAACUUUCUUGGAAUAUCAUAAAGAUAAGACAUCUGCUAUUCUAUAUGGGCAUAAUAGAUUUCUUUUAUUUAUAUAUCACAUUGUAUUUUCAGAAGAAUUUGAAAAUGCAGAACAUAUUAUAGGAAUAAUGUACAUUUAUCCUAUGAUAAUGCACCUGUGGCCAACGGCAAGAAAAUUAAAUGUGUCAGGACUGAUAUUCGUAAACUACUAUUUUGUAUGUUUAUAUCUGUUAGAAUCAGCAUUAAAGAUAAUAAUUUUGAAAAAGAAAUAUUUUCAUCAACACUGGAAUACUUUGGAAUUUUUUAUUGUGAUUAUUGGAAUUGUUGAUGUAUUUUGUAUAUACUUUGUGAGACUGAGACCAGACAACUUGAUUCUUAUUCAGUUUACAGUAAUAAUAGGUUAUUUCAGAAUAAUUAGAUUUUUUCCUCUUCUCAAGAUAAUAAUACCACUGCUGAUAAAUAUUGUAGAUGUGCAGAUCAAAAAGCGCCUCAGCUUGACAUAUAGUAUUACAAAAGGCUAUGUCAAAAGUCUAGAGGAUACCAAGUUUUUAAUAAGACAGAUUUCUAGCCGAAAGUCAAUAGAUCAGAAAUUAUAUGAAAUUUUGGAAACCAACAAACAGGAUGCUGUCAAAGAACUAGGACUCAUAGAGCAUGAGGGUCGUGAUGUUGUCAUUGCUUUGAAGACCAAGCAGGCAAUCCGGAAUGUGAUUGCUAAAGCUCUGAAAAGCCUCACCUUCCUUUCGUCAAGAGGCAUUAUUGAUAAAUAUGAGAGCCUCGAGAUGAAUAAGGUACUUCUUGAAAAAAUAAAACCAUUGAAUAACUUUCCAAUGGCAAUCCCGCUCCCUACUCCUGACAAAUAUCUUCAUAAUAUCAUUUGGCUAGAAAAUAAAGAUGCUCUCAUCGAAUUCUUCAAGGAAAGAGCUAAACUCGCCUAUUUUGACUACGGAGAUGUCAUUUGUAAAGAAGGUGAAAUGCCGCAAGGAAUCUACUUGAUUAUUUCAGGAAUGGCAAUCUUGGAGAGUUCACCUCCUACUUUUGGAAUAGACAGGAGUCUAAGGCCUGACAGAGAGUCCACAACUAGGUUUACAGAGUACUGUACCAGUGGAGACAUAAUUGGAGAGUUGAGCUGUUUACUUAAGCGUGAAAUUGAAUAUACUGCCAUCUGUGAAACUAUUUUGCAGGCCUGCUUUAUCUCCCUGGAGGAUUUAUAUGAAGGCUUUGAUUUCUUCUGGCCAUCCCUGGAAUAUAAAAUAUGGCUGAAGCUUGCUCUCAGUAUUGCCUAUCAGUAUUUUGAAUCAAGUCUUGUUGAUGAGGACCUAAAAUUUCAGAAGUGUGUGAUGCUAAAUCAUGCAUAUGUGGAGACUUUAUCAAGCUAUAAUGAAAUGAGUAUUGAUGACGUGAACAUGAAAUUUGUUAUUCUUGUGUAUGGCAGUGUUAUUGAUACCAAGACAGAGGUACCAUAUUUUGCACCUUGCAUUUUACCUAAACCCUGUGAACAGGUUCAGGGAACUUCAGAUUUAAGCAAGCUGUUGGUUAUCCAAGCACUUGCUCCUGACAAAAAUGAUAAUGCCAAGGUCAUGGGCAACACUGGUCUUGGAAUGACUAAGAGAGACUACCAGUGGAAGAAAAAAGAUGAGUUGGAAAUUGGAUCCCAUUUUAGAAAAGGACUUUAAUGGCACUUACGUGAUACGUGGAGUCAGUUUAGAGAGCGAGCUAAUAUCCUGACUCAAGUGCUGAAACACUACCUGGCAAGGAGUUUACUCACAAACUGCUAAAGCAAUUUAUCUCUGCGUUUAUUUUACAAACAAUUUUGAUGGACUGCUGCAAAAGCUCUGAUUUUAAGUAGUUGCAUUUAUACUUGAGAUGUUCAAAAUCCUUUAGAUACCUUAAACUUAUGGUUUAGCAAAUGAAAUCCUGCAUCCAGCUGAGAGCAACCUAUGAUAGAGUAGAAGUUAUCAAAAGCAUUGUACAGUUAACCCACUACUAUCUAAAGCAUAGGAACUAUUAAUUUUGAUAUGUUAUUGCUACAACUAGUGCCUCCCUAACAUUUUACAGAGUAAAGUUAUUUCCCCCCAUCCUCAAUCUAUAAGUACUGAAGAAUGGAACCAUGUUCCAUAAUCUUAGUUAUUAAAAGCAGUUUAGGAGAAAUUAACAAUCUUACAUUGCAUAGUACUAUUUAAUAUCACUUUUCAUUUUACUUUAAAAAGUCAAAUAAAAUUGAAUUUUAUGGUGA